AUGAGCAGUUUCUAUGGAAAGAACCAUGCAGGCUGGGAUUCUUGGGAGACCUGGCAGCCACACUCCGCAUCGGCCUGCUGGAACGGCACUACCUGGAGCUCCAAGGCUCUCAGUGCCCCUGAGAAGGAUGGAGACUGGUGGAUGUCCUCCAAUGGAAGCAAUGGCAGCGAAGGUUGGAGCCAAGGUAGCCACGGCCAAAGCUGGUACGCUGCUGCCAAGAAGAAACACGCCAGCGAGGCUUCGGCUCUCAAUGGCACGGCUUCUCAAGGACGUCUUGUGACCAAGGAGCCGAAGGAAAUCCAGGAGCCCGAGCGACCCCUGCGGGCAGCUUCCGCUCCGGCCUCGGCGCACGCAGCGCAGGCGCUGCGGGCGCCGCCGGAGCGGCCUGUGAGUCGCCCGCGAACGACGCCCGAGGGCGGUGGGGCGGCAGCUCUGCUGGUGGAGGCAGAGCACAAGGCGCGUGGGCGCCAGAGGCCAGAUCGGCCCCAGCCAAGCCUGAUGGAGGUGCAGGAGGCCGCCGAUGCCGUACAGUCGGCUCAGUCCGCCCUGCUGGCCAUGGAGGAGAACGGGGACAACGGGCACCGGCCCAAAGAGAAGGAGCACAAGGAGGCGCGGAAAAGGCUUGCUCAAGCAUACCAGAAAGCUCUACGGCGAUGCGCGUUCUGCCCUGGAAAGGAGCUAGAUGCCUUGAAGUGGCUGGAAGACUUUGAGGAUUUUGGCGAAACCAGCCGGGCAGAGAAGGCAGAUGACCUGUCGCUGACAUACCCACAGCGCCACGAGGAUCAUCCGGAGUGGCGGCCAGAUGUUCCGGACUACCUGGCGGCCCUGCAGGUCUGCGAGGCGACGCAACAGCCCCUGGAGCGUGUUUGGACCCUUCUGCUGGAUCUCCGGAAGAAGGGUCUGGAUAUGGAUAGCUCUUGCGAUCGGGACCGGAAGGAGAUCGAAGCUGUCCGGCAGAAGCUGGCAAAGAAAGAACAAAAUCCCAAGGAGGUCGAAGAGACCUUUGAAGAGUUGGAAAGACAGCUGAAGGAUGCACAGGAGGCCGUGGCCUACGCCGAGUUCCUGGCCUCCCCAGAUCCAAACUCCCUGCAGCAGCAUGCGGAGAGGUGGCUGCUGCCAGCGGCACAUCCCAGGGCCGUGGCCGCUGUGUUGCGUCUGGGCAGCUUGCUGCAGCGCACCGGUGGUGGCCGCGCGGAUCUGGACGCAGCGGUGCGGCGCUUGGGGGUGCUUCCAAUCCUGGAGGCCUUCCAUGAAAACCCCCAGCGCCUGACGCUGGUGCAGGACCUAGGGCUCUUCACCACUGAAGCCUUGAGGUCUCUGGGUAUUCACACCAUCAGUGAAAACGGAAGUGAAUCUGCAUGGCGGCAGGAAGCAGCGCGAGCAGUGCAUCGGCAGGCGAUGCUGAGAAGAUGGAGCUCCUGGAAUGAAGCCCAAGGUCCCGGGAGCUUUGCGUGGUUGGCCUAUGAUCUUUCCAGUCAGUUCGAGCAAUUUCGAUGUGACGGCGAGGUUGUAGGUCGUGCGCCAAAGAGUCCAACGGUUUCAGAGGAGCUUUUCCCCUCCUUGGAACAGGAUAAGCGCCCAGAUCACGCGGAACGAAGAGCGUUGAUGCUCCUUGCAGAAAAGUUGCUGCAGGGAUUUUCGGAGGGCGGAUGCGAUUGCAUAGAGGUUCGCGGAGUGCUUAUGCUGUACACGCCCUUCCCACCAGAGACAGCCAGCAUUUUUGCCAUGCUGCAAUUCCUGCAGUUAUUUCCCUGGGUGGAGAUGCAUGUGGCAUAUGAUGAUGCCGUGGAUCUGAGCCGCCCAGGUGCAGUGGAAAGAAUCAGGUGUGCACACAAGGAGCUGAAAGUGGAAGCUUUGAAUGGUAACCAUGGAAAGUCCUGA